AUGCUCCCAGUGCACGGUUCGGUGCCGUCGCAACCUCAACUCGCGCGCACGCCGUCCCACUCGAACCUCGUCGAACUCGCCCCACCUCCGCCUCUCGCCCAUCAGCCCCAGCACUACGCCUACCCGCCCCAGCAGCAGCAGCAGCAGCAGCAAGUACCGCGACAGAUGUACGCGCGCCAGCCACCGCAGCCGCCGCAGCAGCAGCGCGGGCUCGCGCCGGGGCCGCGAGCGGUCAACGGCAUGCCCUCGAGUGUGGGGCCAGGAGGGCCAGGAGCGCAGAUGAUGCCGCCACCGGGCAUGCAUCGCGUCGUCGGCCUCGGUGGAGCGGGAGGACAGCCGCAGCCGCAGCCGGGCCAAGUCGUCGGACCGUCGCACCCGUCGCACCCUCAGCACGCCGCCUGGGUCCAGCACCAGCAACAGCAGCACCAGCAACAACAGCAGCACCACCACCAGCAGCAGCUUCACUCGCAGCAGCAGCAGCAGUACCUCCCUCAGCCUCCCCCUUCCUACCUCCCUCAGCCGCCUCCGCCGCCAGGGCACUACCUCGCACAGCCGCCGCCGCUUCCUCCUGGCCAUGCGCCUCGUCAACCCCUCCCUCACUCCGCCUACGCCUCGUCGAGCGCCAACUCGGUCCCGUCAUCGCCCGUCACCCACGCUGCCCUCCCCUACCCUCCACAACCUCAGCCGGGCGGGCCUCCUCCCCUCGUUCCCGUCGGCGCGCACCCUCAUGCCGCAACGCCAACCCGCAGCGUCUCGUCGAUGGCGGGCAUGCGGCCACCGGGGCCUCUGAACAGCGGCGCACCGGGAGGAGGAGGCGGUCCGCCUCAGUCGAGCGCGUCGCCGUACGCCGCGUCGCCGAUGCAGCAGCCGGGCCAGCCGCCUCUACAGCAGCCGCAGCAGCGGCCGAGCCUGAACGGCCUGCACCCGGCGCACGUGCAGCAGCAGAUGCAGCCGCGUCCGAUGAUGCGCCAGUCGAUCGCGCCUCAGCCCAACACGCUUCUCGCCGCUCAUCUCGCCCUCAACGGCACCGGGCCCAUCACGGCGACGGCGGCACCAACUGGACCUGCACUCGCUCGCCUCUCGGCCCUCAACGACGCCAUCAUGCUCGCGCUCGAGAAGGAGAACCCGCUCGAUGCACUAAGGUCCGUCGUCGCCGAGCACUUUACCGAGACGGGCGUCAUCAAGAUCGGCCUGUUCGACAAGUCGACGCAGAUGAGCAAGGUCUUCGAGAUACCCUGUUCGGCCUUCCCUCGGUUCCAGCACCUCAACCACGUCCUCGGCGUCGUCACAGCCUUCAUGACGGUCCACUUUGUCCGCGAGUUUCGCCUCACGACGCCCGACCCGGCCUCGCUCUCGUCGCCGCUCCCCGCCGGCGCACCACCGCCUCCUCAAGUGCACGUCGGCUACCUCCUGCAGGCCGACGACGCGUCGUGGACGUCGCGCUUUGCCCAGGGCACGCGCGUCGACCUCCUCGGCAGCCUCACGCUCCACCUCAUGUUCAAGGACCUCGGCGGCGGCAGCGCCGGCUUGCGCAUCGAGAGCCUCGACUUUGACGCCAAGGCGUUCGAGGAGAGCGUCGCUCGAGGCGCCAUGGAGGCCGUCUCGGCCUCGUCGAUGCCGCCCACCGCGGGCCCGCCGCUCGCGACGUCGGUCAAGCACGAGUCGCGCUCGGGCGGGCCGGACGAGGCGGACGAGCAGCAGGUCCAGGGCGCGCCGACGGGCAGGAAGGGCAGUGCGGGGUCGGCGGCGGCGCAACGCGGCAUGGUGACUCGGCGGCGGAGCGCGAGCGCCAAGACGGAGCAGGAUGCAGGAGGGCGAGCAGGAGGAGGCGACGAGGCCGACGAUCGGCAGGGCGGCGGCGCAUCAGCCGACGGCGGCGACGGCCCACGAGAAGAGCAGCAGGACGGCGUGCAGCGGCAGUCGAAGCAGGAGGACGACGUCCCGAGCGCGGUCGUGCGGGUCCGGGGCAGCCCCGUCGGCGGGUUCGGCAUCACGAACUUGGGCAUGCGGUGUCUCGAGAUCGCCGAGUCGGUCGCCCAACUGCAAGAGCUCAUCGCGCUCUCGAUCGAGUCGGGCGUCGGCCCUCUUCAAUGCCUGUCGACAUACGGCGACCGGCCCCGUCCUCCUCCCUCAUCCUUUCCUUCCGGCGCCCCUCCUCAGCCCCUCAAUGCGCCACAGCCUUUCCCGCACUCGCCCAUGGGUCAGCCGCCGACACCGGGUGCAGCGCCUGUCGCCGCCGCCCUGCAAAACCCGUCGACGAGCAGCUUCUACAGCUCGGUCGCCGCGUCGCCCGGCGGACGGCCCGGGAGCGCCGCAGGGCCCGGUGCAGGGCAAGGGCUCGGCCAAGGGCAGGGCCACGGCGACGCCGCGAGCCCGACGGCGGGUGCAGGUGGUCCCGCCGGCGCAGGAGGCAAGCGCAAAGCGCCGAGCGGAGCGAGCGGGCAAGGCGAUGGAUCCGCCGGCAUGGAUGGCGACCUGGGCAGUCCGCAGAAGGUGGCGCGAGGUGCAGGUGGAGCCCGAGGUCGUGGCAGAGGCCGAUGA